AUGAGUAAUAGCGGCGGCGGUGUUCGCGCUAACGGCGGUGGUCGACGCCAAGUCGAUUGGAAUCGCUUUGGCCUAGAUGAUGAUGGCCCCGGGGAUGUUGUGGUAGCAAACUUUCGUCAGCGCGGCAAUUCUGGUGGCUUUGUGGAUUUGGGCAACGAGUACACUUAUGCGGCGGGUGGACAUCAAGCGUCUGGACGGAAUGAAAUAUUCGCCGAUGAACAAGGCGAUAAGCCAUGGUGGCGUUCAAAUUUCUUUAUCUCACAGCCAGUGCUCUUCGGCACUUGGGACGGCGUAUUCACAUCUUGUCUUAUAAAUAUAUUCGGUGUGAUCGUAUUCUUACGCUCUGGUUGGGUUGUUGCGCAAGCUGGUAUAAUCAAUGCAGUGCUAAUUAUUUUUUGCACUGUAGUGAUAGCUUUAGUCUCGGUGCUUUCAGCAGUAGGUAUAUGCGAGCGCUGUCGCGUAGAGAGUGGCGGUGUGUAUUUUCUUAUAGCACAUACGCUGGGCUCGCGCUUUGGUGGCUCACUUGGUGUACUAUACUGCUUUGGACAAGCUGUGGGAUGCGCCUUGAAUGUGAUGGGUUUCGGCGAGAGUAUGGCCGGACUUGUCGGACUGGCGGACAAUAAGUGGGCGAUACGUGGUUUCGCUACAGCAGCGGUGCUACUGCUAGGUUGCAUUAAUGUCGCCGGCGUGAAGUGGGUUAUUAAACUGCAAUUCAUAUUGCUAAUGAUACUACUAGUGUCAGCAUUAGACUUUAUGGUGGGCAGCUUCAUAGGCGGAGAUCCAGAUAAUGGUUUUGAUGGCUGGGACAGUAGUAACUUCUGGGAUAAUUUGAUGCCGAAGUAUGAGGACGGCUACUCCUGGUUUAGGGUGUUUGGUGUAUUCUUUCCAACCGUCACAGGCGUGCUAUCCGGAAUUAACAUGAGCGGUGACCUGCGCGCCCCCUCGACUGAUAUACCGAAUGGCACACUGGCGGCGUUCGGCACAGGCACAUUCCUUUACAUGGUUUUUGUGCUAUUCUUGGGCGCUACUUGCACCCGACCUACGCUGCUUAACGACUUUAUGAUUUCUGUAAAAGUAUCUGCGGUGCCGUUUCUAUUGCUUGCGGGCAUUUAUGUAUCCAGCAUGUCUUCGUGUUUGGGUGCAAUGUAUGGCACGCCGCGUGUGCUGCAAAGCAUCGCCAAUGAGAGCGCUAUACCCGGCAUUGAUGUGCUGGGCAAGGGUCGCGGACCCAACAAGGUGCCACUCUACGCAAUGGGUGUAGUAGCUGUUGUUACAGUCACAUUUAUCAUAGUGGGUGAUAUUAACUUUCUUGCACCCAUCGUAACAAUGCCAUUCUUGCUUACCUACGCUUGCAUUGACUACUCCUACUUUGCUUUGGCUCAAACUUUUGACAUACAAGAGCAACGUGAAGAACGCUUCCGUAUACAAGCGUCAAGUCCCUCGUAUGAGACGCGUCGCUAUGGCUCAACGCAAUCACCUGGACAGGAUGGCAACGAUUUGGAUUUACUUUUCCCAGAUCGUGUACGCCAUAAAAACUUACAACAAACACCACAAAAUUCACCACAUCAUGUGCCUUCAAAUAUCACAUCAUCUAAUGCUGCUGCUAUAGCAGCUGCUGCGGCGGCAGCGGCGACGGCAGCCAAUCAUGAGACUGAACGCAAUCAUAUCCAACAACAACAGCACCGACUCUACGGCAGCGAUACAAAUGGUGUCGCUUUUCGUGAUGGUUACAACAGCACAAAUGCAGCUGAAGCUGGCGUGCCAGAGCAGGCUGCCGAGGAUGAGGAGCCCAUAGCGCCUAUACGUCUGCCCAUACACUCGAAGACGAAGAACUGGUAUUCGCCGUUCUGCAAUCGUUGGGCCUCACUUAUGGGGACUUUCCUGAAGUUACUCGUGAUGUUGCUGGUCAACUGGUAUUACGCGCUCACCUGCUACCUGGUUGUGUUCAUUGUAUGGUUCUAUGUGGGCACAGCCAAUCCGGCAGUGAAACCGGGCUUAACAGCGGAAUUUAAUUUCUUUGCGUGGCUUAAGAGCGUUAUAUUCCGGUGCUUCGGUAAACGCAUACACCAGUACGAGCAGGUUGUCGUAACGCCUACCUGUCCCGGCGUUGAUUUCUCGCCUACGCAGCUCAAUGAAGAGAAUGCAGAUUUUUCGCAACGUAGUCGUUAUCAUCACUCAGCGGUGGUGGAAGGUCAUCUUAUUGAUGAUGUUUAAGAUGAAUUGAAAAAAGCAAUGCAGCGUACAAUAACAUUUAUAAAAAAAAAAUAUUUAUUACAAAAACACUGAAACAAUAACACGCACUUAUACACCCUCCAAAAAAAAAAAA